UCUGCACAAAACCAAUUCUAUCUAGUUUACUCUCAUCUGUAAUAUUUUUAUAUAUUGAGUGGGUGAGUGAGUUAUCUUAUACCUAUACUUGUGAUGAUGAAAGGAGAAGCUUCACAAUCUCAGAAUAAUAAUAAGAAAUUAUUAUCUGCUGCUGAUCGUUAUAUAGACACUCUGUUCUCUUGGUCUCUUGAAGAUGUUUUCAAUGAAAAUCUUUUCAUCAACAAGAUUGAAAGGAUUCCCGACUCAUUUCAAUCAGUCAAGCAUUAUUUGGGGUCUUAUGUGAACCCUUUAUUGGAAGAAACACGAGCUGAACUGCACUCAACCAUGGAAAUCCUAUAUGGAGCGCCUUUCGCUGAGGUAACAGCUUUCGAAGAAGCUAAACCAUAUGGGAAAAACAAGUAUAAACUUGGAGUUAAUGACUGGAGAAACAAACACAGCAAAGGUGGCAAGGAGCCUUACAGGACUUUGCCUGGAGAUUAUUUUGUCUUAGCAAAUGGCAAACCAGAAACUGUUUAUGAUCUCCAAAGGGUAGGAAGAUCUUGGUCUUUUCUAUCACUCAUUGAUCUCAUUGGAGAUGAUAGUACGACAUUGACAGUGAAGUCAUCAGCAGAGCUUAGACAUGAUAUUCAUAAGAAGCCACUGUUCAUCGUUUUCUUGGCAAAUUUGACCCCUCUCAAAAGAAUAUGGGAAGCACUGCACAUGUCGUGCAAUGUGGAGUUUCUAGAUAAAGUUCUAUGCAUUGAUUCUGAGGCUAAGAGAGAGUACUGCGAUGGCUGUUUCAGAUUAAGUAAUGGAAUAUGGGAUGAAAAGUUGGUUGAGAAGUUACCUUUGGAGCUGAAUGAGUCCCAGACCAAAGCAGCUCUCUCUUGUCUUCAUAUGAUGGAUUGCAGGAGAAGAUCUUCUUUGGAACUUAUAUGGGGUCCCCCGGGGACAGGGAAAACGAAAACUACCAGUACUCUUCUUGUCACCCUAUUGAGAAUGAACUAUAAAACUCUUGUGUGUGCUCCCACGAAUGUUGCAAUCACUGAAGUAGCAUCUCGUGUUCUGAAGAUGGUAUUGGAUACAUGUGGUGAUGGCCCGUUCUGUUCGUUGGGAAAUAUUCUUCUUUUUGGCACCAAGGAGAGACUGAACAUUGGUUCAGAUCUGAAAGUUAUAUACAUGGAUGAUCGAGUUGAAAAGCUUGAAAAGUGCUUCAGAUCAUUUGGUUGGAGACAUAGCUUGACUUCCAUGAUAGAUCUUCUUGAAAAUUCUGUUUCUCAGUACAAUAACAUUUUGGAAAGUGAGUCAACCAAAGACAGAAAUGGUUGUGAAGUUGGCAAGAAAAAAGUUCCAGCAUUUCUUCAGUAUGUGAGAGAAACAUUUAACAUGGCUUUUUCAGAACUCAAAGAGUACUUCUCUAUCAUCUGUACACAUACAGCGAAGAAUUACAUUUCGGGGAAACUAUUUCAGCAUAUGGUCUCCCUUGUUGGCUCACUUGUUUCUUUUCAGUCAUUGCUAUGCAAAGAGAGAGUGGUUUCUGAAGUAGUGGAAAAACUAUUUUCUUGUGCAGAAGUAAAUGAUGCUGAUGAUAUAUCAUUGAGGCUCAGUAUGAAGAGAAAGGAAUGUGUUUCAAGUAUGAGAGCUCUUCGCGAUUCCCUUAACAGGCUCGACUUUUCUUGGUUUAAGGACGAAAAAACAAUAAGGAGAUUCUGUUUGGAAAAUGCUUCACUAAUUCUUUGUACUGUAUCAAGUUCUUAUAAGCUGCAUCGUUUGAAAAUUAAGCCAGGGAUUUUGAUCAUUGAUGAAGCUGCACAACUGAAGGAGUGUGAAUCAACCAUACCUCUUCAACUUCCUGGUGUAAAGCAUGCUAUUCUUGUUGGUGAUGAAUGGCAAUUACCAGCAACUGUCAAAAGCAAAGUUUCUGAGAAAGCUGGCUUCGGAAGAAGUUUGUUUGAAAGGCUGAGUUCACAAAAUCAUCCAAAGCAACUCCUUAAUAUGCAAUACAGAAUGCACCCAUCAAUAAGCAUUUUCCCAAAUUCACUGUUCUAUCGUAGCCAGCUAUUGGAUGCUGCUAGUGUUAAGAUGAAAAGCUAUGAAAGGAGUUAUCUUCCAGGUCCAAUGUUUGGUUCAUAUUCUUUUAUAAAUAUAAUUGGUGGAAGAGAGCAGAAGGAUGGCGAUGGACGCAGUCGAAAAAAUUUGGUUGAGGUAGCUGUUAUCAUGAGAAUACUACAAAAAUUGUACCAAGCCUGGUUUAAGUCCAAAUAUGAGCUCAGUAUCGGUAUUGUGUCUCCAUAUGCUGCUCAAGUGGUUGAAAUUCAAACCCAACUUGGGUUUAGGUACAAUGAAAAGAAUGGCUUUCAAGUAAAGGUGAAGACAAUUGAUGGCUUUCAGGGUGGGGAAGAGGACAUAAUAAUAAUGUCUACUGUACGCUGCAGUGGUUCUCAUUCAUUGGAUUUCAUAUCCAAACCACAGAGAAUUAAUGUUGCUCUAACAAGGGCUAGGCACUGCCUCUGGAUUUUGGGUGAGGAAAGAACUCUGGUUAAGAGUCUUACUGUUUGGACACCUAUUGUCAUUGAUGCAAAAAAUAGAAAAUGCUUCUUUAAUGCUGACAGAGAUGAUGAUUUGGCCAAGGCUAUAACAGAGGUCAAGAAAGAGUCCGGUCAAUUUGAUGAUAUGAUCCAUAAUGAUGGUAUACUUUUCAAGCGUUCAAAGUGGAAGGUUUUUUUCAGUGAAAAAUUUCUAAAGACAUUCAAAAUCCUUGAAGUAGUUGAAGCGAAGAAACCAGUUAUUAAACUUUUACUUAAGCUUUCUGAUGGCUGGAGACCAAGGGGGUCUAGUGUAUCACUCUGUGCAAAUUCUUUGCAAAUUAUGAGUCAUAAGGUUGAAGGUUUUUAUGUGGUCAGCACUGUUGGCAUAGCAAAAGAGCAUUCAGAAUACAUACAAGUUUUGAAGAUCUGGGAUUUGUUGCCUUAUCAAGAAAUUCCAACGUUAAAAAACCAGCUUGAUAUUGUUUUUGACAAGUACACAGAAGAAUUCAUCAACAAUUGCAAUGAAAGGUGCUUGGAAGGAAAAUUGGAUAUACCAAAGAGCUGGCCGCUCUCUUCGAACAUUGGUUGGUUUGAGGAUCUCCAUAUGAUGCCAAUGAAAUUCUACUCCCUAUCAAAUUGUGUAGUGAAUCACAUGCUGUCUGACCGCGAUGGUAGAGAACUGGAUCUCCCUUUUGAAGUACCAGACCAAGAAAGAGAGAUAAUCCUUUUCCCUACAAGUACAUUUGUAUUGGGACGGUCAGGUACUGGAAAAACUACUGUUUUGUCAAUGAAGUUGUUCCAAAAAGAAUAUAUGCAUCGCCUGAAAAUGGAAGGACUUUAUGGAGCGAAAAGAAAUAGGAUUCGAAAUGUUGAUAAAAAGAAUGUUGUUUUACGCCAGCUUUUUGUGACAGCAACUCCUAAGCUUUGCGAUGCUGUCAAGCAAUGCAUUUCCUACUUGAGAAGUGGUAGUCCUUCAGCUGAAAGUGGUCUGAUUGAUGAGGAGAAUAUUGAUAAUGAAGACUCAGGAUUAAAUAACAUCCCAGACUCCUUUCAUGGCAUUCCCCUUAAUUCAUAUCCUCUUGUCAUAACAUUCCAUAAGUUCUUGAUGAUGCUUGAUGGAACACUGAGAAAAUCUUAUUUCCAAAGAUUCCUUGAUAUAGAUGAAGUUUCUCAAAGUCAAAUACCCAAGUCAAGAUCAAAUAUAUUUCAUUCCUUGUUAAGGACCAAGGAAGUGGAUUAUAAGAGAUUUUGUUCACAGUAUUGGCCUUCUUUUGAUUCCCAAUUAACGAAAAAGCUUGAUCCUUCUUGUGUCUUUACUCAGAUAGUUUCUCAUAUCAAAGGCAGCCUGCAAGCCUUGGAAACAAAUGAUGGUAAACUCACAAGGAAGAGCUAUGUAAUGUUGUCAAAUGGAUGUGGCUCUAGUUUAAGGACGAAGGAAAGAGAGAUGGUAUAUGAUAUAUUUCAGAUUUAUGAAAAACUGAAGUUGGAAAGUGGUGAAUUUGAUUUGGCUGAUUUUGUAAAUGAUCUUCAUUUUCGACUCAGACAACAAGGAUAUGGUGGUGACAAAAUGAAUUUUGUAUAUAUUGAUGAGGUGCAAGACCUCACAAUGAGUCAAGUUGCUUUGUUCAAGCAUGUAUGCAGUAACUUGGAAGAGGGUUUUGUUUUCUCUGGAGAUGUUGCAAAACCAGCUGCUGGGGGAAUCGGUUGCAGGAUUCAAGAUAUGCGAUCUGUUAUUUGUAACAAGUUUUUUUUGAAGCAGCCCAUGAUGAACAUGAAAGGAAAAGGAGGACAUAUCACCAACAUGUUUAGUUUGACUCGAAACUUUCGUAGCCAUGGUGGUAUUCUAAAACUAUCAGAAAGUGUUAUUGAACUGAUGUAUCAUUUCUUCCCUCUAUCUAUUGAUAUUAUUGAUCAUGACACCUAUAUGGUCCCUGGUGAGGCUCCAAUUUUACUUCAAUCUGAGAAGAGUGAAAAUGCAAUCAUAAAACUUUUUGGGAAAGGUGACAGCUUAAGCAAAAAUGCCAAUGGUUUUGGUGCGGAGCAGGCAAUUUUGGUCAGAGAUGAAACCGCUCGACAAAGUAUACGGGACAUUGUUGGAAAGCAAGCUCUUAUCAUAACAAUACUUGAAUGCAAGGACUUAGAGUUUCAGGAUGUACUGUUGUACAACUUUUUUGGAUCGUCCCCUCUUAGAAUGCAGUGGAGUGUUAUAUAUAAGUACAUGAAUGAGCAAGAUCUGUUAGACUCCACAUCACUGCAUUUUCCUCUUUUCAACGAGAGCAAACACAGGAUUUUGUUGGCUGAGCUGAAACAAUUACAUGUUGCCAUUGCUUGCACAAAGAAUAGGCUGUGGAUUUGUGAUGACACAGAAUUUUCCAAACCCAUGUUUGACUAUUGGAUGAAGAAGAGCCUUGUGCAAGUUCAGCAGCUGGAUGAUUCACUUGCUCUGUCAAUGCAUGUCCCAAGCAGUCCACAAGAGUGGAAAUCGAGGGGUCUAAAGAUAUACCAUGCGCACAGCUAUGAAAUGGCUACACUUUGCUUUGAAAAAGCACAUGACACACUUUGGAAAAGGAAGUCCAAAGUUGCUGAUCUUCACACCACAGCUGACCGUAUGCGUGCUUCCAAUCCUGAAUUAGCUAAAUCUCUCUUUAGAGAAGCUGCUGAGAUAUUCCAAACAGUGGGAAAGUUUGAUUCUGCGGCGAGUUGUUAUAGAAAUUCAGGAGACUAUGAGAAAGCAGGUGUAAUUUAUUUGGACAAAUUUGGCGAGUUUGGGCUGCAGAGAGCUGGGGAAUGCUUCUCCCUGGCAGGUCAUUACCAGCAAGCUGCUGAUGCCUAUGCCAAGGGAAAUUUGUUCUCAGAGUGUCUGAAAGUCUGUGCCAAAGGACUCUUAUUUGAAAAGGGUUGGGAAUACAUACAAUCCUGGAAACAGCAAGCCAAACAAGGCUUUGGUGUGACUGGUAGAGGCACAGAAAUAGAAAAAACUGAACAAGAAUUCUUGGAGAGUUGUGCUCUGUACUAUUAUAAGCUUGAAAACAAAAAAUCUAUGAUGAGAUUUGUUGAAGCUUUUAAUUCCACGAAUUCAAUGCGUAAGUUCUUGCGGUCAUUGGGUUGUUUUGAUGAGCUUAUGUCAUUGGAAGAAAGAUCAGGAAAUUUUGUGGAAGCUGCAGAAAUUGCAAAGCUCGGAGGAGAUAUACUAGCUGCAAUAGAUCUUUUUGAGAAAGCUGGGAAAUUUAAAGAAGCAGCAACACUUAUUCUUUCCCAUGUUCUUUCCAACUCACUCUGGUCAUCUGGUAAACAAAAUGAUAGUCUUCUUCUAACAAAAGCCAAGUCACUUGCCAUGAAUGAGACAAAAGAUUUCUAUGAUUUUGUUUGCACAGAAGCUGAUAUUAUUGCAAAUAAGAAGAGUGUCCUUGCAGUGAGAAAAUAUGAAAUGAUUGCUUCUCAAAGACAUAAGAGUGUCAGAGGAGAAAUCCUAUCUGUUUGGAGAGUUCUUGAUGCUCAUCUUGAUACAAAGGUCAUAGAGUAUUUCUGGGAAGUACAUGAUGAUCAUCUGUUGCAUUCACAACAUCACAUGAUUUCUAAAAUCUAUGUUACAGUUGAGUCACUAGUCUAUUUUUGGAAUUUCUGGAAGGAUAAAAUUCUUAGAAUUUUUGAAUAUCUUGGAAGUCUACAACAGACUAGGGUUGUUGAUGAAUUCACAAGUUAUGGAGAGUUCUGUUUGGAAUAUUUAGGUGUUUUGAAGCAGCGUCACAAUUCGGUCACAAACUAUGUCUUGCUCCACUCUGAUGCUCAUUGGGCUAGAAAUGUGGAGCAAAUAUAUGAUCGAAGUAAUGGAAAUUUAGUACUUUAUAUUGAUGUUGACCAAUUUGUAUCUGCUGCUCAGGCUUAUUGGUCUUCAGAAGUACUCUCUGUUGGUUUUAAGGUUCUGCACAUUCUAGAAGCCAUCCAUACCUUUGUGUCUGAUAAAUAUGAUUCCUUUUCUAGGAAAUGCAGGACUCUUAAUCUUAUCAAUGAGGUUGCGCAAUUUCUUUUAGAGUCCAAAAAUCUGAAUAGAACAUGUCAAAAUUCAGAUGAUCUCAAGAAAUUGAUAAGAUUGUCAACUGAUUUUUCAGGACACAUAUUCCCUUUAGAUUGGCAGAAAUCAUUGGCAGAGAACCUUGUUUCUUUCAGAGGAACAGAUGUUUGUAAUAAGUUUCUGAAACAAAUUAUUGUUGAACACUGCAACUCGAGGAAUAAUCUGACUCACAGGCAAAUUGGAAACAUAGCAGUGUUCGUUCUCGGCUCUAGCAGGCUCAAUGAUGAACUAUUUGAGAUGAUUAUGAAAAGGAUGGACCAGAACCUGCCAUGGAAGGCAUUCUUUGAGCUUCUGCACAGAUCAAGAAGAUCAUACUUUCCAAACUCAUCUAUGAUUUGUAGCUUUCAUGGAGUUUUGGUGGAUGCAUACAAUGCAAAAUGUAAGAGAGAAUGUGACCCAAUAUCUCCUGGUUUUUUCUUGUAUCUUGUUGAACGUUUUGUGAUUUGGUCAUCUUCAUAUAAGGGCUACUUCAUUGCAACAAAAUCAGCAUUUGUUGAAUGGCUCAUCUAUGAAGAGAUUGAUUCCAUGACCAAGUCAAGUUCCAAUACCUCAGUUGGUUUUCAACUCUCAUAUCUAGAACUACUUCAGUUUGUGAUCAAUGUUUUCAAGGAUUGCCUUUACGACGAGCAGUAUAUGAUUGAUUGGAUCAACACAUCUCCCUCAAGAGAUAACGAGUCCUAUUCAUUACUUGUGUCUAGAAUGGUUUUGAUAAUUUGUUUGCUUCAUGCGAAUUUCGGGAUGAGUUCAGAUUUACUUUCUGAUUUGCUGGGAAUGACUAGAAUCACUAAACACUUGCCUUUAAAAUUUUGUGUUGCUCUCAAGUCAUAUUUAGAUAGCUUAGAUCCAAAUGUACUCGCCGAAGCAUUUGAGCAGAUUGGCAAUUCUAUGGUCGUUGCAAGUGUUGGGACACAUGUCUCAAAGUCUUCAUGUCCGGAUGCUUUACAUGUGGAUGUGGGGGCCAAUUGUUGCAAGAAUGACAUAGUAAGAACAUUGUUUCCAAAAAGCAUUGAAGUUUCUACAAGAAAUUCCACAGCAGGGGAAAAUCCACCAAUGAAUUUAUGCUUUUGGGAAAUAUUUGAAGCCAUUAACUUUGAAGGAAAUGGAAGAGAUCAAGAGAAGCUUACAUCAAAUGCUCAAACAAUCAAGGUGGAAUUGGAAAAAUACAUUCCCCAACUCGAGGAAAAGAUCUCAUCUCGAGAUAUGGUCGACAUGGUAUAUGAACUGAAGCAACUUUCUGUAGCAUUGGAUGCCAGGGACAUAUCUCUAGCGAAAAAACUUGCUAAGCAGGUGCAAUCAAGAAAACUAAGAAUGGAAGGUGUCUUGAAUAAGUUUUUUCACAAGCAUACCACAGAUUGUGAUCAUGAAGGUGUUAAAACCAGUACAUCUGAGAAAAUUAGCAAUUCAGACAAGGGUGAGCCAAAGGUUUCUGAAGGCAGUAACGAGUCGACAAAUUCUGAACCUAGUGCAGCUCCGAAAAGUAAAGCAAAGGAAGGUUGUCACAUUCUCUGAUGCAUGAUAUAUGUUGAGCUUGAGUAUAUAUGAACUCUGUAAUAUACACACACACAUAUAUAUAUAUAUGUUUGAAAAAAAAAUAUGGUAAACAAAUUGUGUGGAUAGGUUUCUCUUUUGAAAACAGUUCGGGGAUCUUGCUGAUUUUUUGAA